UGUUACUGAUUUGAGAUUUCCGCAGCUGUGUUCGGAGUUCGGACUUCCGCAGAUUUUCGUGUUUUAUGAAACAGAGUUCUGGAAUAGAUUCAAUACUAAUUUGUCAAAAAAAUGUAUAAGUCGUAGUUUUUAUGAGACUAAUAAUAUCAGAUGCGAUUAAAGUAAUGAUUUCCUUCAAAUAAAGUUAACCUUUAUUGUUUCCGUUAAGCUAAGCUAAGAAGGAAGAAUGGAGAACAAUUUAAGCCGCAGUGGAAGUCGCUCGAGCUCCGCUUGCGAAUUAGAGAAGGACCUAAGCGAUUUGGAAAUCAUGAAAACUAGGACGAAUCGACGUAAUGUACUAGUUCGGCCUCAACCAGCACGAAAAGCAAAACGAAUCAGAUUUUUUCGAAAUGGUGAUAAAUUUUAUUCAGGAGUCAUAAUUCCAGUCUUGCCAGAGAGAUACAGGUCUUUUGACAGUUUAACCGCAGAUUUAACUAGGGUAUUAGUUGAUAAUGUAACAUUGCCAAGCGGUGUUAGAACAAUUUAUUCACUAGAAGGUAGAAAAAUUGGAAAGCUUGAUGAUCUUGAAGAUGGACAAUCAUAUGUGUGUAGUGGUUUUGGAGAACCUUUCAAGCGUUUAGACUACGAGGCCAGUGCAGUCACACCACAGUCUUUCAGACUUAGUGGACCUGAAUCCCUUAAUGACAGCGCCAGUCCAUCUCCUGCUAGAGCCAAUAACAGGCUGUCUCGAUAUUUGCAGACAAAUGGUAGCAAUUCUACUGGUAAUGAGACUCCAAGAGUAAGCCCUGCAGGAGAUAAUGUUGUCCGACCGCGCAUAGUUACUAUUAUUAGGAAUGGAGUGAAACCCCGCAAGGUUUGCAGAUUGCUGUUGAACAAACGCAACAGUCCAACUCUGGAGCAUGCCUUGGCGGCAAUCACUGAAUGCAUCAAGCUGGACACCGGCUGUGUGAGGAAAGUAUUUACACAGUCUGGCACCCCUGUUACUGCAUUAAACCAAUUUUUCGAAGAGGAACAUGUAUUUUUCGCUUAUGGAAACGAAAGAGUCAAUCAAGAAGACUUUGAACUCGAAUUUGAAGAAAGUAAGGCUGUUUUACAAUGUAGGAAAAUUAAAUAUAACUCAGUUACUAGAAAUGCAAGAACGGGUCCUAAGCCCCGUAUGCCAGUGAAAGCGAGCGGCGCGGCGCGCAAGAAGAGCGAGGGCGGUGCGGCCGGCGAUGCAGACACUAAUGGCGACGCCUCAGCUCUCGCCAACCUGCUGCCGCAACCACUGCGCCUCAAGUACAGCGUUGGCAAAAUUAUCGGUGAUGGCAACUUUGCUGUUGUUAGGAUGUGCAAGGACAAAGCUUCCGGAAAGGAAUAUGCACUCAAAGUUAUCGACAAAGCAAAGUGCAAAGGCAAAGAACACUAUGUAGAAGCUGAGGUACGAGUUAUGAGAAAACUUUGUCAUCCACGCAUAGUCUCCCUCAUUGAAGAUCAAGACAGUCCAGAAUGGCUAUUCCUUAUCAUGGAAUUAGUUGGCGGUGGCGACUUAUUCGAUAGUAUCGCAGCUGCUUCUAAAUUUUCCGAGCCCCAAGCGCGUUUGCUAAUAGGUCACCUAACAUCAGCUAUUGCAUAUCUACACUCGCUUUCAAUCGUGCAUCGAGACAUCAAGCCCGAAAACCUAUUGGUGGAUAUUAGCCCUGAUGGUAGUAUACGUGGCUUAAAGUUGGCGGACUUUGGGCUAGCCGUGGAAGUAUGGCGGCCGUUGCACGCAGUCUGCGGCACCCCUACAUAUGUCGCUCCGGAAAUCCUGCUCGAAACUGGGUAUGGGCUGAAGAUAGACGUAUGGGCGGCUGGUGUGAUACUGUACAUCCUGCUUUGCGGAUUCCCUCCAUUCUCCUCCCCCGACGGCGACCAGGAGAAGCUGUUCGACGCGAUCCUGUCCGCGCGGCUGGAGUUCCCCGCGCCGCACUGGGAGCGCGUGUCGGCGGGCGCCAUCGACCUCAUCGCGAACAUGCUCCGGCCGCAGCCCGCGCUGCGCUUCGACGCCGAGGAUGUGCUCGAUCAUGCGUGGAUGUCGGAUGAUUAUGAUGAAACCUGUGACUUCCGCACUUGGUACGACGACGACGACUCGUCAUAGCGCACAGACGCCCGCCAAGCGCCCGCGACGGCCCCUUGACAGAGACGUUUCAAACUGAACCGAAUCGAACACGCGAUGGAAAGGCGGCUUCUAAAAGUUGGAUAUUAGCAGGCGUUACUUUGGCGAAAUUUGAUAUGUGUAAUAUAUACGGGAACAAUAUGCUUAAUUUGCUAUAAUCCGCUAAAACAGAAAAUCUGUAUGGUACAACAUGCAGCAUGCAGUAUGCACCGCCUGCCCUCCCACUGCAUUUGACAGCUCUGGUUCCUCUGACCUCUAUAGCCGGUUGGGCUGGUUCACUUAUACGCCAUCAGUUGGAAUAAAUUGGCAGUGUGGAUCCGUAUUGCAUCUUGCAUGUUGUACCACAAGGAUUUGUAUAUUUUAGCGGAUAACAGCAAAUUAACCAUAUUGUUCCUUAUAACUGCCAAACGUUGUAUGACAAGGGACUAUGAAGGUAUUCAUUGCAAACCAUGCGUUGCAGUCGCAUGCGGUCGGUUUCAAGCACUGAAGUUGUGCUUCGUUCGUUCAGUUCCUUGUAUUUCAAAAAAGUUCAGUACUACCACUUUUAUAAGUUACGGCGAUGUACUUGCGCAGAAAUCCUAUUUUUGAAUGGCUCGAAAACAUCUCUGCAAAUCAUAGCCCACUGCGCGCGUCCGUCCGCUAUUGGUUGUAGUCUACGCGCCAUGUUUAGUAUGCGCGUUAUUAUGAGCACGAGUCGUUGUUCUUGUGUUUAAAAUCUUAACAUAAAGCAAUAAGAACCGUAUUUCAUUGGUCAUAGCGUUACGUGGAGCUUUUCUGCAGUAACUAAUUUUGCCGAUACGGCGUAAUAAAAGUGGUAGUAUUGUACACAGGUACGUCCUAGUUUAUUGUGACAUCCUGUCGUGCCGUUUCUGUCACGUGUUCUAUGCUUUGGGCUUCAGUAUUCGCUACUGUCUGCGCUUUGCGCUAACAGCUACGCAAGCCUUCAUGUCAACACCAAUACCAAAGUUAUUCCAUAAUGUAUGUAAGGUUUUUUUAUACAAGUUCCCAACUAUGUAAACAACAAUGGCUGCAAAUUAAAACUAUAUAUGAUUAUUAAUCAAUUUUAUAUAUGAAUUUAUUAUUGCAGAUUUAAUGCCUUUUUUUAUAGUUUUAAUUUCAAAUACUGAAAAAUCUUAUUAGUAUCUUUUUUUUACUUAGACAAGAAUGUGAGAGUCCCAAAUACUAAGUGACUGUAUUUAGACAUUUGCUGUAUGGAUAAAAUAUAAUGGAUGGAAUGGGCAUAUAUGGAAAUUUCUCUUAAUACUUUAGAAAGAGAUGUAUUGUGCCAGUUAAAAUUGUAAUUAAAAAAAUAUUUGUUUACAUAGUUGACAAUUUCUAUGAAAUCAAGGUGUAAUAUAAAAAAUUGUUGAAAAAAUACUGCAUGUGUGUUCAAUUUUCAAUAUCAAGAAUACAUUUUCAACCAAAUUACAGUGGUGCAGUCAUUGUUAAUGCUCCAGGUUUUAUACUGAUGAUGAUAUCACACUCUCUGAUAGAUAUAAAAUAUAAUAUGUAAUAAUUAUUAUGUAAAAUGAUCAUCAAAUGAAUUCUCUUAUUUAUUUUCAGUAAAUUAAUUAUUUCUUUAAGAGGUCUAGCCUUUAGUUAGUAUUUAUGUGGCUGUAAAACCAGUUUUUAUUUAGUAUUAUUUAGAUUAAUUUUCUACAAUCGGCCAAUAAAUUUAAAUGCAUUUAAUUAUAUUUUUUUGGCAAAAAAAAAAAACGAUCUCUAUAAUUGCGUAGUAGGUCAGUAGGUAUAUAAUUUUUAGAUGUACACACAAUGUUUAUUUUCGGCAUAAAUAUAAGGAGCUUAAUAUAUUAAACCUUUCCUAGUGGCCUACUGCAACAUGAGAGGAAAGCUGAAGUGAAAUAAAUGGCCGAAAUUGAGAACUAUUUGCUAAGUAAUAAUAUUGAUAAGGCUUUCAUUUUAAAAGCUUUGGGUUCUUUAAUGGUGCAUAUCUUUGAAGGUAAAGGCAACUAGAUUUAAAACCCUACGUUGUUAAAUUUUUAAGUUAAUUAUUUUUUGUCACAACAUAUUUUUAAGUGUUUGUUUGAACAGCAACCCUAAAAACGUUUGGUAUAUAAUAUUAAAACACUGCAUUUUGGAAAUCCUUAUUCCUUUAUUGCCUGGCAGUUACUGAAAACCUAAUUUAGUUUACAUGAAGAAAAUUUUAAGUAAAAAUUACGUAAAAAGCUGAGAGUAAGUGUAAAUGUAAUAUUUAAGGUAUGGUGUUUUGUAACACUUAAGUUAUAAUAAAUUUUAUUAAUUGAUAUUUUUUGCAACAGAUUGCUUUGCUGCUUUAAGAUAAACAGCCUACUUUACGACUUCAAUUUGGAUGAAAAAAGUUUGGUAGUUUUAAAAAGUGCAGUGAACUUUAUCUUAGUGCCAAAUUAAUAAUGAUUUAAUCCAAUUUUAUCAAAAUUUACUUUCAACCAAACUUUUAACUUAAUAAUCUUAAAUGUACUAAGAGUUUUAUGUUAAUAGUGCCUUUUUGUAGUUCCUUUUAAUUAAAUAUUCAUACACCUGUCACCAUAAUGCAUGUAAAGAUUAACAUUAUUAGACUGAUACACAUUCCUUUAAUUUCUUAAAUAGUAAUAUAUCCUAUGCCCUAUGAAUUUGAUAUGUGCCCAAAAAGCUUUUCUUAUUAGAUUGAAACUUUGUCUUGUUUUAUCCUGUAUUAUAAUGAAACUAUUUAAAGAUUUAUUUGCUUACAUAAUAAAUUAUUUAUUAUAAAAAUGUUUUGUUUAAAUUUAUUUCUUUUCAUAUACUUAUUUAAUUGUAAAAAUAAUAAUAUGACUCCUGCCACAAUUUUUUUUUAUUGCUUAAUUUGUAGGCAAAUUAAUUUCAAACAAAACAUUAAAUAAUUAUUCUAUUAUAAUAUCAUAGGUGUAUAAAUAAUGUGAUUUGGAAAUAAAUUGUAAUCAAAAUAUCAAAUUGUUAAACUGCAUAGAUAUGUUUUGGAAGUUAUUUUUGCUUAGAUUAGAGGAGAGUUAGCUAAAGAUCUAAAAACUGUGUUAUUGCACUAAGAGGCAAGUUUUUGAUAUUUGUAUGCCAUUUUAAUAAAGAGAGCUUGUUCUA